AUGGGCAACAUCGGCGAGGACCACCCGUUCCCAUUGACGGACACCGACCGCUAUGUUCUGUCUCUCACCGACGAGCAAUAUGUCAAGCACGACUGGGAGGAUUUGAAGAAUGUCAUUGAAACGAACAACCUCUCGGUCCUCAAGAGGAAGCCGUCCGACCUGCGGCGGUACAUGAAGUGGACGUCCGAGACAAAGGCCGAGUACGGCUCCAUCACCCGCUACUUGAUCGUCCACCGCCUGCCCAAGGCCUGGGGCGACAGCCCGCCCUAUGUGCCGGUGUCCAAGACACCCUUUGCCGACCCCAGCGACUACCGCGUCCUCGUCAACGACUGGCCGUACGGCCUCACGUCCGACAUCACCCAUAUCGUCGUAUGGACACGCACGCUGAUCCCCACGGACCCCACCACGGGCGACAUGACGGACGAGAGCCGCGCCGACGUGGCCGCGUUUGUGAAGCGGUACUUUGCCGACAGUCUGACGGAAGAGGACGGCGCCAGCGGCAACGGAGAAGAGCGGGUGCUGUGGUUUAAGAACUGGGUGCAGCUCCAGAGCGUGCGCGCUCUGGAGCACAUCCACGUCCUUGUCCGCAACGCCAGCCCAGCCCUGCUGCAGAAAUGGACGGAAGAGCUACCGUGUCACAAAAUUGAGGCGGCGCCAUGA